AUGGCGGCCUCUGCCGCCGCGGGGUGCACGUGGGACCCAACCGUCUCGUUGCGGCUUGGCCACCCUGCGUUGGUGCUCCUCGAGCGGUGCCGCGGGGCGCGGCCGUUCCGGGCCAUCCUCGCCCACCUGCUCCGCCUCGGCCUCGCCUUGGAGACGUUCCCUAUGAGCCGGCUCCUCCACUUCGCCACCGCCGUGUCCUCCCCGCGCCUCACGCGCGAGGCUGAGCUCCUCUUCCACCAUUUCACGCCCCGCCCCAAUCUCUACAUCUAUAACCUCAUGCUCUCCGCGGCGGCGGCGGCCCGCGACUCCUCCUCGCCGCCCCAGGCGGCGGCUCUCUACCGUUCCAUGCUCGCGUCGUCCGUCCUCCCCGACGAACAGACCUUCCUCGCGCUGCUGAGGUCGGUGGAACGCCUGUCCGCGGGGAGGCAGGUGCACGCCCAUGUCGUCGUGAGUGGUUUGCAGUCGCGCGUGUACCUGCGGAACUCGCUGAUCAAGAUGUACAUCGACGCCGGGGAUGUGGAGACGGCCGAGCUGAUGUUCCGUUCUGUGCUGGUGUUGGAUUCCGUGUCUUGCAAUAUCAUGCUAUCCGGGUAUGUGAAUGAAGGGUGCAGCCUGAAGGCGCUGUGCUUUUUCCGUGAUAUGGCAUCCAGGGGGAUUGUUGUUGAUCAGUAUACAGCUGUUGCUCUGCUCACUUGCUGUGGGCGCCUGAAGACCGUGCUUCUUGGGAGGUCUGUUCAUGGCGUCAUCGUGCGGAGAAUGGAUGCAGGAGAUCGUGGGUUGAUUCUGGUAAAUGCCCUUUUGGAUAUGUAUGCAAAAUGUGGAAGAAUGAACUCAGCAAAAAGAGUCUUUGGUGAAGCUAGUGAGAAGGAUGGCAUUUCAUGGAACACUAUGGUUUCAGGUUUUGCAAAUGCUGGCAUGUUGGACCUCGCUAGCAGAUUUUUUUCUGAGGCACCUUCCAAGGAUCUAAUUUCCUGGAAUGCGCUUCUCGCUGGAUAUGCUAGAUACAAAGGUUUCAAUGAAGUGAUGAAACUAUUCCAUGAUAUGCUUGCCAGUUGUGUAAAUCCGGAUAAGGUGACUGCUGUUACCUUGAUCUCUGCGGCAGCAGGUAAGGGAUCAUUGAAUCAUGCAAAGAGUAUCCACGGUUGGGUGGUGAAAGAAUUUGGUCAUCAGGAUGCUUUUUUGGCAUCAGCCCUUGUAGACAUGUGUUGCAAAUGUGGAAAUGUUAAAGUAGCUUAUUACGUGUUCGAGAAAGCCUUCGACAAAGAUGUUACCUUGUGGACAGCCAUGAUCUCUGGCCUUGCAUUCAAUGGCCAUGGAACUGAAGCAUUGGAGCUAUUUUGGAAGAUGCAAGCUGAGGUCGUAGCACCUAAUGGUGUCACAUUGCUUGCUGUUCUCAGUGCAUGCAGUCAUGCUGGCCUGCUGGACGAAGGGUGUAAGAUUUUUGAUGCUAUGAAGCAAAGAUACAGUAUUGAACCAGUGAUAGAACAUUUUGGGUGUAUGGUUGAUCUCCUUGCACGGUCAGGUAAGCUGAUUGAUGCAUUAGCUUUGGCUAGGAGGAUGCCGAUGAGGCCAAGUCGAUCUAUAUGGGGUUCCAUUUUAAAUGCGAGUUUGGCUGGUCAAAAUACUGAAGUUGCAGAAAUCGCUUCAAAAGAACUCCUUCGUCUUGACCCAGCAGAAGAAGGUGGAUACAUCUUGCUUUCCAACUUGUAUGCGGCUGGAGGUCACUGGAACCACAGUGACGAAGUGAGGCAGAACAUGGAAAGAAAAGGAGUGAGAAAAUCAGCAGGUGCUAGUAAUUUUGGAUGUUGA